UCGAACAAUUGUAACAACUCUAUUCCGUAAUCAAGUAGCCUCCCUCUUCUCUACUUUCCCAAUCCCAAUCGAAUCGUCCUCAGCGACGGUACCGGACAUUACAUCUGGUAUCAGAGCUCUGCGAUUUUUCCUCGCUUCUGCUCGGCUUUGAUUGUAAAAUCCAACAAGAGGUUGGCGGUGGAUUCGUUCUGCGCCGUAAUACCGAUAUGAGGUUGAUCAGCUAGUUGCAAGCAGCCGUCACGGCACCCGCAAAGCCUACCCUCGCUGUCGGUCAGGUGGUGGAAUCCAUGGAAGGGAUGGAGGAACGGAUCCUGGCCGCAUUGUCCUCCAAGUUCGAGACGCAGACCAAGGGCCUGGAGGAGCGGUUUGCCGCGAUUUCUGCGACGCUGAGUGAGCAGGCGAUGCACCUCGCUCUGGUGCAGACGAAGGUGGAUCUGUCUCUCGAUUCCCUUGGUCGAGUCCAGCAGGAGCAGGCGGUCUCUAAGGAGCCCUCGGACGCCAACAUCAUCAAGGGGAAGGCGCCACCGCCACUGAUUGAACCAAAUCCGAGCUCGACGCUCGGCAUGGCGGGCUUCGGCAGGGGGCGGCCACCACCACCACCACCACCACCACCACCACCACCACGCCUUCAAUUGGGCGCGUCGUCGUCGCAACCCCAGAUCAUCCUGGUUUUCAAUUGACUCAAGGUCUUAUCAGAUUUCAGGGUAGGAUCUGGGUGGGUGCUAAUGUUGGACUCCAAACUAAGUUGAUUCAGUCCUUUCAUUCCUCGCCAGUGGGAGGUCAUUCUGGUGUACAUGCCACUUAUCAACAUCUCAAGAAGUUGUUUUAUUGGAAGGGUAUUAACCAAGCUGUCGAAGAUUUUCUUAAGCAGUGCUGUAUUUGUCAACAGGCCAAGCAUGAACACUGUAAGUCCCCUGGCCUUCUUAGUCCCUUGCCAAUACCAUUCUAGUUGUUGUGGAUCACCAUUGUGUCAGAUCGUGACAGGGUGUUCACUAGUAACUUUUGACGUGAGUUGUUUCAGAUUCUUCACACUGAAUUACAAAUGAGUUCUGCUUAUCAUCCACAAACGGAUGGGCAAACUGAACGUACUAAUCAAUGUCUUGAGAUGUAUUUGCGUUGUGCCAUCCUUGAUACUCCUAAGCAGUGGGCUAGCUGGCUACCAUUGGCAGAAUUUUGGUACAGUUCCACUCACCAUUCUGCCAUUGGUUGUUCCCCUUUUAAUGCUUUGUUUGGUGUUGAACCAAGUGUUGGCCAAGUCCCUGACAUUCAGUCUAUUGCUCAUCCGGAUGUGUUGGACUUGAUGACUGAACGGGAUGCCUUCAGAGUUCAUCUUCAAACUCAGUUAGCCAAGGCCCAAACUCGUAUGAAGCUCUUGGCUGAUCGUAACAGAUCACCUCGCGAGUUCCAGGUUGGUGAUAUGGUUUUUGUGAAGCUCCAACCAUAUGCUCAGCUUUCUAUGGUCAGUCGUUCUUUCCCUAAACUGGCAUACAAGUUUUAUGGGCCAUACAAGGUGCUGGCAAGGAUUGGUUCUGCUACUUAUAAAUUGGCAUUAGCUACUACCAGUUUGAUCCAUCCGGUGUUUCAUGUAUCACAGCUAAAGGGUUUUGUUCCUGAUCACACUCAGUAUAUACCUCUUUGCCAGUUCUUGUUACUUUGGAUGCAGAUUCUGUGUUGCCGGAAUGUAUCCUGGAGCGUCGCCUUGUCAAGCGUGGGAAUGCUGCUCACCUUCAACUAAAGUUCAAAUGGACUUCUCUUCCUCCGGAGAUGGCAACAUGGGAAGAUGAUGAAGUGCUGCGCAAGUGUUUUCCAGAUGCUCCAGCUUGGGGACAAGCUGGUUCUCAAGGCGGCGGGAAUGUCACAGCGGCUUAGGCGUGCACCGUGCCAAGUACGAUAUUGGGCUUCGCGUGUGUGUGUGGGCCGGCUGUGCCUUGGGUUGGGCUUGGCCCAUGUAACUCUUAAGGGAGACUGGUGUGCGUAUAUAAUGCUGGAGCGAGAGAGAGGAAGGCAUCGAACAAUUGUAACAACUCUAUUCCGUAACGCCUCCCUCUUCUCUCUA